ACAUAGAAGGGCCCAGACUGGGAUUCGAACCUGGAACCCUCUUGCUAUGAGGCGACAGUGCUAACCACUGCACCACCGUGCCGCUCCAAUGUGGAACAUUUUUCCCUUAUUUUUUAUCUUCAAAACAAUAAAACAACAAAAGAAGCAUCUUAUAUGUUACAACUUAAACAGACAAAAGUGCUUGUUGAGCAAAAACAAAAGUUGACAUAGCGUAAUCUGCUGUAAAUUAUGUUUUCUGCCACUUUAGGAGCAUGACAAAAAACUGAUACCAACUUAUUUACAGUACUUGGAUGUCUUUUCAUUUGAAGAAGGCAUGACCAAACAACUGAUUAAAUGAUGCUGUCUAAGUCAUGCAUUGUUGUCUGGACAGUCAUAUCGUAAAGAGGGUAAUGAUAGUUCUUUGUGGUUCUUGAACUGGUUUAAUAAAGCGAUUUUCUGAAAAUAAAGAUUUUCUCUGUAAUUGCACCCCUUCUUGUGCAUCCAGCUCUGAAGUUGAGGCGAUCAAGCACUCACAGCAUGUAUGCUGGUAAAGAUGGAUUCUGUGCCUGUCAGCAGAGGAACAACUUGUUGCCCUGUCUGACCUCAGCAGGGAACGAGGCGCAGGGGCCAUGUGUGAAUAGGCCUUUAGAAAGCGCUGGUGUGGUGGCGAGGCUGCUGACUCAGGGGGCUCACAGUGCGCCGCCCCUGUCCUCAGCACCUGCUGGCCCAGUCAGGUGUCCAUCCAGUACAGAGAGCAUGUCAGUAUCCUAGCACACAGCCAAAAAUUAAGCUGUCAGUUUUGGAGAAACACACUUUUUUUGGGGGGAAAAAAGAAACAAGACAAAACCAACGCAUUUCAGAUGCAGAGUGGCGUAGCGCUUAAUGACGAACCCAGGUAAGACUGACAAAACCGCCUCGUACUCCUCUUCACCGUCCUCCGACCUGCUCCUCUUUCUGCCAUGCCCAGCCAACAGCAAAACAGAGUUGCAGCUCUUUGCCCACCCUCGCACAGUUGUUUGGUACAAUAUGUUAGCGCAAUUUGGAGGUGGGAGGGGGGCUCCAAAAAGUUCUGGAUCACAUGUUUAUCAGAAUAUGGUUGGGCUGCCUGCUGGGCUGUAUGCGCAUGAGAUUGUUGGUGCGCAUUGCUGUGUAUUGUUUCUAUGCUUGAGUAACUUGAUGACGAGGCUCUUCUGGAACAAGCCUGGAUUUUCUGAGCGCCCAAUGGGCCACUGUUGGCUUAGCUAUCUGGAUGGAUCUUUUGAAGAAUGGAAAUAUGACAGGUCUGUGAGAUUCGCCACUCGUGGAAGAUUUCCUGUCGCUCAAUCUACAUUGAUGUGGUUAUGAUUUUUUGAUAUCUGCGCUAAGCAAAAAUGUUCUAGUUAUUUCUUUAACCCAGCGGUGGAUUACUGCGACCAAAUUUGGCUGUGACCUUAAUGCCUUAUUUGACAAUGUAUGUACUCUUUGAUUUCUGAGUAAGUGUUUUCAGUUCAGUGUGAGUUUUCCUUGCAUUGGAAGUCCUGAUGUUUACUUAUGUACUGAAACAUUUUGGCUUUAAAGAUACCGUCACAUUCUGUGAGAUUCAAGAAUAUUUUAUUGAAAACUCACUUGCAAGAUGCUGCCUUGUAAAGUAAGAGUUAAUAUUAUGGAGGUUUUAACUGCGCUUAUGGGUUUCAUUGAUGAGAAGCAGAUUUUUUUCUAACAGCAUCAAAAAGCUUAAGAUUGGUUUUUUUAAUCUAGUCUAAUUCUUACAGUCAUUGUCAUUUUCAUUCCUAGUACUGUUCUUACUAAUAUGUUUGCUGUGUUUUUUGGUUUUUUAGUUUGAUGUGUAAGGUCUAAAAAAAGAGUAAUGUAGGAAUAAUGAUAUGGAUGUGACAUGUCUGUGCUGUAUGCUUAACCAUUCAAAAGUUAACUAUUGCUCUGAGGUGUCUUAGUUUUAUCUUAUGUGUCUUUCUGUCCUUUCAUUUGUCACACUGGUCGAUCCAUUAUACAGAGUUUUGUUCUCCGUGUACAAAACAUUAUUUUUUUUGCAAACCCGUCAUACAUAAUAUGUGUUUUUAAAGAGGACUUCAUGCAACCUAAAAGCAUGACGACCAUUCAGAAACAUAGAGUUCAACCAUCUGACUGUACUGAAUCAAGCUCUCUUGGCAGUAAGAAGAAUAAGGAUGGCCAGACGCGGGAGCAGGACUACUCUUCUGAAAGCCAUUACAGAAUUGUUUCACCAACAUUCCAGUAUAAGAUGAGCCACCAGCGAGUGGGAAAGUGUAUUAUCAUCAACAACAAAAACUUUGAUGAGAAGACAGGGAUGAAUGUACGCAAUGGCACAGACCGAGAUGCUGGUGAGCUGUUCAAAUGCUUCAAAAGCCUGGGCUUUGAUGUCUUCAUCUACAAUGAUCAGACAUGUGAGAAGAUGGAGCGUCUCCUGAGAGAGGCCUCGGAGGAAGACCAUAGUGACAGCUCGUGUUUCGCCUGUAUCCUGCUAAGCCACGGUGAGGAGGGUAUGAUCUACGGAACAGACGGAGCCAUGCCCAUCAAGACCAUGACCUCAUUGUUCAGAGGGGACAUGUGCAAAAGCUUAGUUGGAAAGCCAAAACUGUUCUUCAUCCAGGCUUGUCGGGGUUCUGAAUUUGACGAUGGUAUACAGACAGAUUCGGGUCCUCCGAACGAGACUUUGGAGACAGAUGCUAAUCCAAGACAUAAGAUCCCUGUAGAGGCAGAUUUCCUAUUUGCCUACUCCACUGUACCAGGGUAUUACUCAUGGAGGAACCCUGGGCGUGGCUCCUGGUUUGUCCAGGCGCUAUGCAACGUCCUUAACGAGUUUGGCAAGCAGCUGGAGAUUAUGCAGAUCCUGACUCGAGUCAACUACAUGGUGGCCACCAGCUUCGAGUCCUGGUCUGAAGACCCACGCUUCAGCGAGAAGAAGCAGAUUCCCUGUGUGGUCUCUAUGCUUACGAAAGAACUGUAUUUCAACUGACCGCCAGCCAGACUGACUGUACUGUAUGACACCACAGACUGACCGACUGACUGACUCAACUGUUUCAGGUGGCGACUAUGCGGUUAUAGCAUUCAGGGAUGAUUCAGGCCCAGCAGGACACUGCACAUUUGGAGCACAUGUGACAUUUUGCAUGUGUAGUUGGGCCCGAAAACAAGCACUCUGUGAGAAGAACAAAUAUUUACAGUGGCACUCCUCGUUCAUGUGUUGAUGGUGAAACUUCUUUUUUCAGGUUAUUCUUCAGAAAAAUGGCGUCACAUUUGAUCUGAUCUUUUUUUGACAGGCAUCGUGAAUAUCAAUGUUAUUCUACCAGCCCAGAAAAUUUGCUGCCAGUUUCUGUGGGUUUGGGGAAUCAUGUCUGAAUAUGUGUUUCUCCAUUUUCCAGUAUUUACAAUAGAUUUUGAAAGUAACUAUAUAGAAUGGAGAGAAGUCUUCAGGCUAAAUUUGGCUGUUGGGUUUGCUACAUGAAAUGGUGUCUGACUGAUGAAAUAAUUGAUAAAAAAUAUUGUUCUGAGAGAAGUCACAGAACUGAGUGACAGUUGAAUAUUUUAAUGAAUCAGUCUUUUUUAUUUAUCUAAUAUAAAGAACAGUUCAGAAUGAGGGCUAUCUGAGAUGGCACCAGUCAGUCAUUAGAAAUCCCCACUAGGAAACUUAAAUAGAGUGUUUACAAACCAUUGCCAUAGGAGAGAUGUGUGGCUAGAGAGGGAAAAAGGCACCUGGAAAAUGGAUAAGAUCAUUUUCAGCUAUUUGUGUUUUAAUGUUUUCAGCUGUCA